AUGGUUGCCUUGUACACUCUCAGCUUGGGUUUGUUGGCCUCGCAGGCUUGGGCUUUACCCGCUGUUCAAACAAGGGCGGGGGUGCAACUUGUGGAAUCUGCGUAUCCGCCGCGAAUGGAGGACUUUCACCACAUCCCAGAGGAAAAACUACAUCAAGUCCGUGCUGUGUCUGCAGAAAUUGCCUUCGCGUACCCCAGCCGACAUGGCCCCCGGGCCAAGACUCGGUAUGAAGACUUUGUCACGACGCACAUCAACCAGACCUCGCAGAUUCACUAUACGGGUACCUUCUUAGCCUGGCAUCGCUACUACGUCUUCCAGUUCGAGCAAGCUCUUCGCAACGAAUGCGGAUACACCGGUGACAUCCCGUACUGGCACUGGGGCGCUGACACCCACAGCUUGGAGGAAUCUCCGAUAUUCGACGGCAGCGACACCUCGAUGUCCGGCAACGGGGUACCGAUCCCCAACCAGCUGCACAUACAGCUCCACCUCGGCGACUACCCCUCCAUCGACCUUCCCCCAGGCACCGGAGGAGGCUGCGUCACCAGUGGCCCCUACUACAAAGUGCACCUGUGCCCAGCAGCUCUAGUCCUACCGGGAGGAAACACCUCCGCAGCGGAGAACCCGCUCGCGUACAACCCACGCUGCAUGAAACGCUCGCUCACCACCGAGAUCCUCCAGCGAGACAGUAGCUACCCGAAGAUCGUGCAGUUGAUCCUCGGCACCGACUCCAUCUGGAAUUUCCAGAUGACUAUGCAGGGGAUUCCCGGUAGUGGAUCCAUCGGCGUGCACGGCAGCGGCCAUUACUCCAUGGGUGGUGAUCCGGGACGCGACGUCUUCGUUAGUCCUGGCGACGUGGCGUUCUGGCAUCAUCAUGGCAUGGUCGAUCGGGUGUGGUGGAUUUGGCAGAACUUGGAUCUUAAGAAUCGUCGGAAUGCCAUCUCCGGUACGGGUAGUUACUUGAAUAAUCCGCCCACGCCGAAUACGACGCUCGAUACUAUUUUUGAUCUGGGAUAUGCAAAUGGUGGGCCCAUCGCUAUGCGGGAUCUUAUGAGUACCGCCUCGGGACCUUUCUGCUAUGCGUAUUUAUGA